AUGCAAACUUUAUGGCAAUAUCUCGUCAUCGUUGCAAUUUUUGCAGUAGCCUAUGGUGAUUUUAAAACAAAAGAUGUUCAAUCAAUUUCCAGCGGAGUUUCGUUCGGAAUGUGUCGUGGUUAUUGUCGACAAUCGAUCAAUGUAACAUCAAAUCCAUUACAGAUUAUGGUUGCAAAAGAGGCAAAUUUCGAGCAAAAAUCCUAUCCUUCCAUUCGACGACCGUUUUCUUUUUCACCAAAUCAAUGGAAAGAACUUAUUUCUCUUCUUAAUUUGAACGUAUUUGAAGCAUUGGGCGAUAGAAUUGGAUGUCCUGAUUGCGCUGAUGGUGGAGCAGAAUGGAUUCAAGUUAAUUGGACAGAGGGUAGCAAACGAGUAACAUUUGAGAAUGGUCGUGCCAUCAAAGGAAUUGAAGGACUCAUUGAAAAAUUACGACAAAUGAGAGAAGAAUAUGGAACUCAAAUCUAA